AUGGCUGAACAAAGUGAUAAGGUGAUAGGUGAAAGUGAAGCUUCAAAUGCAGCAAGUCAUGCUGAGAUAACUCUGUCAGCUAGUGCUAAAAGAAGUAGAAAAAGGUCUGCUGCUUGGGAUUAUUGUACAGAAGUUGAAACUUUCGAAGUUGAUAAUGCAAGCUCAAAUGAUGUGACAGUGAAAGAAUUGUCUAAGCAAUUAACAAAAAUGGGAACUAAUUUGAUGAACGGUAAUCACCUUCACGUGAGGUGUAUGGCUCAUAUCAUGAAUCUUGUUGUUCAGGAUGGUUUAAAAGAAUGCUCUUUGUCUAUAGAACGUGUUAGACAUGCAGUUAGAUAUGUUAGGCAGUUCCCUGCGAGGUUGAAAAGAUUUCAAGAAAGUUUUGACGAUGAACAACUCAAUUGCAAAAAAUCUUUAUGCUUAGACGUUCCAACUAGGUGGAAUUCCACCCAUCUGAUGUUGAGUAGGGCUGUUGAAUUUGAGAAUGCAUUUUCAAAUUAUGCUUCCCGUGAAAUUGGUCUGAAACAUUAUCUUAAAAAUUCUUAUGUUGAAAUUGGAAUCAUUGCUGAUCCUCGUUACAAGCUUGAAUCAGUUAGCUAUGCACUUGUAAAGAUGUUUGGGGAAAAAAGGCCAUCUAUACAAGCAGAAAUAAAGAAGUACAUGACUUCAUUAUUUAGCGAGUAUGUAAAAUCAAACUCAAAAGGUAGCGUGCUUGCUCAAUCUUUACCUUGCUCUUCAUUGGACACUUCUACUUUCGGGCUUUCUAACAGUCAAGUAAGUACCCAAAGUACAGGACUUUUAGAAUCAUUCAUGAAAGAUCUAAAGAACUAUAAAACAGCGAAUGGAGGUGUGGAUGCUAGAACGGAGUUAGAUAAAUAUUUGGGUGAAGAAAUUGAGGAUGAUAGUAAAGAAUUUAACAUCCUAAACUGGUGGAAAAUGAACUCAGCUAGAUUUUCUAUUCUUGCUGAAAUGGCUCGUGAUGUAUUAGUUGUACCAAUUUCAAGUGUAGCAUCUCAAUCUGCAUUUAGUAUGGGAGGACGUCUUCUUGAUUCAUUUAGGAGUUCAUUGACUCCUAAUUUAGUGCAAGCUCUAGUGUGUCUUCAAAAUUGGCUUCAAAGUGAAAAAUUACAACAAUCUGUUAGCGUUGAGGAAGAUCUUGAUAAUCUCGAACAGCUUGAACAAGAUUUAGCCAGCGCUGGAAAAUACCCUACACCUACUUUGAAUGAGUUACAGGAGCUGAAGCCUGAAGGAGAACUAAAGAAGAAUGUGUUUCCACAAGAAAAGAAAGACGAGCAGAAAGCUGUUUGA